AUGUCGUUGGAUCCUUUGAAUAACAAAAGGGUGGAAGAAUCAAAUAAUCUAAAAAGAUCACAUACUACAGUGGCAAAUAACAAUAUCGGGAAACUUUAUAGUUUAAAUGAUUCUGAUCAUCUCUCGGUUCCAAGACAGAAAGCAAUCAAGAUUGGUAGAAGUAGAGGUAACGAUAUUAGAAUUAUAGGUGAUGAUAUCUCAGGUGUUCAUUGUGAAUUAUUAUUGGUUUGGAAUGAAGCUAUUCAAUCUUAUUAUUUGAAUAUAAUUGAUCAUAGUACUAAUGGUACAUUUGUUAAUGGAUCUAGAAUAUCUGGGAAAAGUAUAUUGUUGAAGAAUGGUGAUAAGGUAAAUUUUGCUAAAACUGGUGCCUACGUUUUCAGGUAUAAAAAAGAUGAAGAAUCCAAUGGAGAAAAUAAAGAAAACAAGAAUGUAACUAAAAAUAACCAAAAAGUUUCAUUCUUUGAUGAAUAUGUCGCAGGGAGACAAUUGGGUGCUGGACAUUAUGCUGUUGUGAAAGAAGCAAUUAAUAAACAUACUGGUAAAUCAUAUGCUGUCAAAAUUUUUAAACCUCAAAGGGUUGAUGAUGUCAAAAGUACUAAACAAUUCAAUCAAGAACUUGAAGUUUUGAUGAGUAUUAAACAUCCAAAUAUUGUGGAAUUGGUUGGAACAUAUACUGAACCAAUAAAUAAAUUUUCAUUUACUACAUAUCUUGUUUUAGAAAAAGUUAAUAGUGGUGAAUUAUUUACUAGAAUUGUUAAAAAGCAAAGCUUAAGACAAAAUGAAACCAGAGCUAUAUUCCAGCAGUUACUAAGUGGGCUGGAAUAUUUACAUAAUAGAGAUAUCAUUCAUAGAGAUAUAAAACCGGAAAACAUUUUGUUGAAUAUUACACCAAGAACAUCAUCGAAUCAAAUAUCUACAGGGCCUUGGGAUGAAGAUGAAUUAAAUGUUGAAGUCAAGAUUGCAGAUUUUGGCUUAGCAAAAUUCAUUGGUGAAUUAAAAUUUACAAAUACUCUAUGUGGUACACCGGCUUAUGUUGCACCUGAAGUUUUAGGAUCUACAAGGAAAUAUUCAAAGAAUAUUGAUCUUUGGAGUGCAGGUGUUUUACUUUACGUAUGUGUUGUUGGUUUCCCUCCAUUUAGUGAUGAACUUGGACCUCCAAAUAUGAGAGAACAAAUCAUAGCGGGUAAAUAUGCAUUUUAUAGUCCAUAUUUUGAUGAAAUUGAUGAUCUUGUUCUAGAUCUUAUAUCCAAAUUGUUGGUUGUUGAUCCAAAUCAUAGAUUGAAUAUCAGACAAACAAUGGAACAUCCAUGGUUUGAAGCUUCUGCUGGUGAAUCGUACCAACCAAUAGUCGCUAGAUCACCAAUUAAAGGAUCUGUUCCAAGGACAUACACGGAACUAUCAAAGAUGCAAAGCGUUGAAGAAGCACAAUGA